AUCGAAACGAAAAAUAAAAGUGGUGUUCAUGCAGCCAGACACGAGAAUUAGAUAGUGAAAAUAGUUUAUAGUUUGCGUUUCCAAAUUGCCCUCGUCCUGCGGGGACUAUCAUUCCCGUUCGGCAGCUGGACGGCAUUGAAUCCGUAACAAUGGACAUCAACAGAAACAAUGCGUUUUUUGAAAAGUUGAAACAAAACGUUACGGAUUCGUUCGAUCGAUUGCGCAAAGCGAUUGAUCUGCGAGAGAAGCUGCUGCUGAGACAGCUGACCGUAGUGGUGCAACAGGCGCAGCACAUCACGUUCGAGUACGAUAGCAUCCGCUUUCUGGGGGACGGUGAGGAUGAGCUGGUCGGACGCAUCCGCACGUACGGCAGGUACAAUAUCGACAAUUUUAACGUAAUCCUCCAGAAGGAACCGUACGAGAACGAGGACUACAUUCUGCCUUCGAACGAUCACGAUCUGAUGCAUAAAAGCUGCCGCCAGGGUGCGGAUGACGAGCGCAAUCCCGAGAGCGAGGAGAUUGUGGUGGAGUUCUUCAACAAUCGCAGUCUUAUCAAGGACAGUGCCGAGAUGGUACGCGAAUCAAUUAUAAAUCUCACGUUGAGCGAGAGUCGUGAGCUGAUCGAUCGGACGAUUGGCAUGCCGAAACCGUUCCUGGAUGCAGCUACCGCCGACGAACCGACAAACGAUGGCCUAGAAACGUUGCGUGUGUGUAAAAUCGACCCAACAGCGCACCGAUUGUACAGGGGUCGUUGCUCCAUACCGGAUCUGCCGCCGCUCGAUUCGCUUUCCUUUCAAGGUGAACAGCAGCAGGACGAUGGUAGUAACAACAACCUGCAGGGAAGCGUUUCCAACGGCAACGCCAAACAUGGUCGCAAUGUGUCGCGUGAUGGGGAAAAGUUGAUUUCACUUUCGCUGCCGCCCCAGCGCAUGAUACCGAAAGCCUCGCAAACGGAUGGACUGCUUGUACCCAGCAAUACCACCACCAGCACCGAUUCCGAAGGAAACGUUCACGAGUCGUCUGCCGCCUGCAAAGCGGCGGUCGACAAGCGUAUGAAAAACGUAAAUCACGUUACGAUGAACAGCUGUGGCAGUACGAUAAAUCUUAAGAACGUCACCAAUCUGACGAUCAACUCCUGUUCGGAGCGACCCCAAAUGAGGGAAAAGGAACACGCGGUACCGAAGACUUCGGGCGCGGAUCAGGGACCUUCCGAGGAAGGCAGUCCGGAGUGUGGAUUCUACAAGCGGCUCAUAACGGAGAACAAAAUCCUACGCAACCAUAUACUAAAGACGAAGCUGGGCGGUGGGACGGGUUGCGGAAGCGUAAAAUCACAGCCUGCCGUGAUGAGUUCGUCCGUCUCGGACCGCUCACUAUCGUCUGCGACCGAUGAAACGCUUUCCAACUCGAAACAACCGUCCAACGAAACGGCGGACGGCGUCUCGAAUAGCAGCAGCAGCAGCAGCAGCAUCGUCGCCCCAAGUGGUCCAGCCGAGCCGGAAACGAACCUCAACAUUCCACUGUCAGAGCAGGAACUACGGCAGAUGCUGGACAUGCCUUCCUCGAUGUGCGAGAAGAGCCUUUCGUUUGUGUUGGGCGAGCUGUACGGCAUGCCUAGCGGGUUGGCCACACUAGCGAAUGCCGGGGCGGGCAAAACGAAGGAACACACGAUGCAGAUUCAGCAGUGGCUGAAGCAAAUAAUCUCCGAAGCCGAAACGGAACCGUUUCAAAAUGCGGAAAUGCUAGAGUUUAGCAAAAUUCACGAUUAGGAUUAUUAGGAAGAGAAGGAGCGUUUCGUGAAAAUCAUCCUGUCGGUAAAUGUUCCAUACAAGUGUUUUUACCUUUAUUAUCUGUGCGAUUACAGUUGCUGAUGAUUAUUGUCUGUGAUUAUUUAGGUUCGAUAUAGAUUUGGGUUAGAGAGUGAGGAAAAACUGAUUAGGGUUGGGAGGGAAUGUCUUUCGAUAUUCACCAACCGUGCGCCCUCGUCAAGAGUUUGAAUUUUCCUUUUAAAAUGCUGAUACAACGAUUUCAUUACCCUUUUCACUGCUAUUAUUUGCACAUAUUUUGCUAUGGGUGUAGGUUUGAUAGAUGUGUCUCUGUGGUUUGUUUUCUAUGAUUUUCUUCUUCUUUUCUUAAAUAUUUACUAAACUAUCGAUUAGUUUGUAUUGCUGGGUUCACUUAACAGGGUGUAAUGAAUUAAUUUUCCUUUGUUUUUCCCACCCAGAGGUAUCUUAUGCCCAUUGUCCACAUUCCAUUGUUCGAUGUACGAAACCAUCCUCCCUCCCUUCCCCUCCUUCAAAUCCUUUUUCGAUUGCGUGUGUGUGUGUGCCAUUGUGAGCGACGAAAAGGUACUUAGCUGUAACGUAGUACUUGAUAGACUGCUUUUCUCACGAGUUUCGAGAAUCGUGGCCUGGUGCGAUAAAUAGUCAUAAGUAUUUAGUAGCUGGCAAAGAUAGCAAAGAUCAGCUUCAAACGGAGUCAUCGGAAGCAAAGCGACAGCACACUCGUCUAGGUAAUAGUACGCGAUUCAUGUUAGUAAUACUGUGUGGAGUGUUUUGUACGUUUUAAAUGUAGUGUGGUAUAUAAGGAACAAUUUAAACAUAACAUUGCGCCGGUUUCCUAAUUCAACCGUACAUGCAUUGCUGCAUUGAACUCACAUUUUAACAAUUUCUCGCUUGAUCCGCGGUUUGCAAACGUAUCUCCAAGUAUCUGCAAGUUUUUCAAGGGUAAAUAUAAAUCAUACGUUUUGCAUUAAUGAUACAACAUUGGUACUUAUGGCAAACAAAUGAUAAAUAGAAAAAAAAGUAAGUGUCUCAAUGAAAUAUGUCUUUUCGAUUGACGCUUUGUCAGAGACGGUAGCGCAAUGGCGUUUCCAGCAUAAAGCUUCUUUUGUUAAAUAAAUAUUUAUAAUUACUGG